GACGGUGUUUUGCGGAGGAGAGUCAAGAACUGAAGGGCGUAUCUGCGAUCACGUGCAACUUGCACUCAGCACCCUCAGUUUACGGCCGGUUUUGUGUUCACUCAGAGUCAAUCAGGGUCAUCAGCUCUUGAAACGACGUUUUCCCCCUUGCAUUAUCUAUAUUCUCCUAUAACACUUUGUCUUUGAGCUGGGUCAGAUGACUCAGCUCAAACGCGUCGUGGUACGCGUUGUUGUGUGCCUCGCCCAUUGCUCAGCACAUACAUGUCCGCCGGCAGUUGGCACCGACAAAAGACCGCAUAGAUGGGAAUCUCAGGCCUGCUCCCUGCACUCAAGUCCAUCUCCGAAACGAAGCACCUCUCCGAAUUUGCAGGGCAGACGCUUGCUGUAGACGGCUAUGUUUGGCUGCACCGCGGCAUAUUCACUUGUGCCACCGAGCUAGCCACGGGGGUUGACACGCACAAAUAUGUCGACUACGCUAUGCACCGCGUGCGUCUCCUCAGACACCACAAGAUCGAACCGUACCUCGUAUUCGACGGCGGGCCGCUGCCGGCGAAGAAGGGCACCGAGGUGGAUCGGCACAAACGGCGGGCAGAGCAUCUCGCGUUGGGCAAUGCGUUGGCGAAGCAGGGGAAAACGUCGCAGGCGCGCGAGCACUACGUCAAGUCCAUCGACGUUACUCCCCAGAUGGCGUUCCAAGUCAUCAAAGCGUUGCGUGCAGAGUCCGUGCAGUACGUCGUGGCGCCUUACGAGGCCGACGCGCAACUGGCUUUCCUCGAGCGCAUGGGCCUGGUCGAUGGGGUUAUCUCAGAAGACUCCGAUCUGCUCGUUUUCGGCUGUCGGAGGGUUCUUUUCAAGAUGGACGUGGUCAGUAGCACCGCGGUAUGCAUCGACCGCGCGGACUUCGCCGGCGUCACCUCCUCCGACGGUAUCUCGCUAAGCGGCUGGUCGGACACGCAAUUCAGAACAAUGGCCAUCAUGAGCGGCUGUGAUUAUCUUCCCAGCAUUCCCGGCAUCGGACUGAAAACGGCGUGCUCCCUGUUACGGAAGUGGAAAACGAUCGAGCAUGUGCUGCGCGUUAUACAAAUGGAGGGCAAGAAAUCGAUCCCGAGGAAGUACCUGGAGAACUUCAGGCUGGCGGAGAAGUGUUUCUUGCAUCAACGUGUGUACGAUCCCAAGCAACAGAAGCUCGUCCAUCUGGUCGAACCGGAUGGGACAUGGGAUGAGGCGGCGAAUGCUUACGUCGGCGGUGAUCUUGACCCAAGAGUUGCCAAACAACUCGCGGAGGGCGAUCUGGAUCCUGUUACCUUGCUGCCAAUGAUUGACAUCAAUCCCCGUUACAAACCGCGUGUGCUCAACCCUAUUCCUUUCGUCAUCAAUGGCGACCCUCGCUCUGUCUCCGCCAAGGGCAAGCAAAAGAUGAAUGGUGGCCUUCUCAAUUACUUGGUCCCUGCGAAGAAAGACCCGAUGGUGGUCGGCAAAGCUAGUGGUAAAAGGUCACUUUCCGGAGAAAUGGACCGAGAUAUCGCUGUGAAGCGCAAGAAGCAGGAGCAUAGCCCGAAGCAUUCGCGGUUCUUUGGCUCUGCUCGCUCACGGUCUGUUGAUGCUGCUCCGGCUGCCGGACCGUCGCGACUUGUUAAAGAAAAUAUCGCUCCUGACGAAGACCUCGAGGACGAAGAAGAAGAGGACCUGGAUGCAGACUUGGGAUGGGACAGUCUUUCUCUUGUCGUGCAGGCCCCUCGGGAUGUUACAUUGGCGGAUGUUGACGAUCCAGGGGACGCAGUCGAACAAGAGGACGGCUAUAUUUCACCCACUCCAUCUCGAUCAAGGGAUGUCGAUGACCUCUCGUCGCCUUUACGUCCAUCCGUGAGAACACCAGCUCGUAAACGCCUGCAGAUAGAAGUGGAGGAUGACGAGCCGGAGUUUGACGUGGUCUCCAGUCCGCCGAAUGAAGCACGACUGCAGCCUUUGCGCUUGCCGGCGCUAUAUCGCAUCUCAAGUCCCGGAAAGGUGCUUGUAGCUGCAUCCCCACAGACGAGCGACAUCGAUUGUUAUGAAGAGCAGACACUCGAUCCAGAGAGUCACGAGGAAGCCUCUGCAAGCACCUCGACGCCGUCGCCUUCCCCCCUCACGCCUGUUGAUGGUGCUGCUAUUUUUGAUCCCGAUCUAGACGCGCAGGCGAACGCGGCGAGACACCAAAUCGUUGCAGCAGGUUGGAAGGAACGCUGGGGACACGACAAAGGCCGCAGCACUCCGAUGCUGCGGCGGAGAGAAACGACUGUGACUUCGGUCGCUGAGACUCGCCACGCGCUGCGCAUGUAUCCUGGCAGACACGAGCAAGGGAAAACGCGCGAAACGAACUUGAACUUGCAGGAUCAUGAUCAUCCUCAUCAUCCAUCACCAGUUACUGACCAGGAGCGGUACCAGGAUGCCGUGAUGGACCACUCGCGCCACAGACACGGGUACCCCGAAUCGUCGCAACGCAGUACGCGGCAGCAGCAGCGCGAUGACCGGCUUUCUCUCUAUCCGGAGCCGUGGCCAAUGGAUAUGGGCCAGCGACGGGAGGACUAUUUCGGCCGUCAAUCAUCCGCUUAUCGAAUCGACAAGGAGGAGUACGGCACUGCACACGGCACUCCUUUCUCGCACUCGGCCCCAGCUCCGACGCCCUUUUUUCUGAAUGCUGGCAGCGACGGCGAUCGCACUCAGUCGUUUCACCAUGCCGAGCUCGAUCAAGCGCCCAAGCUCUACCAUCAAAAUUCGUCGUCCUCAUCCAUGCGCGGGCCCGAAGAUCCCCGAGACGAGAGCUCGGGCCCGUAUCCGAGAAGUUUCAUUCCCAUACUAAACAGAGUAUCCCAAAUUCCCUCUCUGCCCGCGCCCUCGGCGAGCAUAGAAGCGGAAUCGCGGGCGCGGCAGUCCAGUCUGCGCUCGGCCAGUCCCCAGGACAUCAAUCUUCCUGCGGCUUUACCGUUGGUUGCGCCCUCAGGAGCUUCGACCCGCCGCGGCCCCCAGCGCGUCCAUCAGUGUCAAGUCUGUCACAAGGAAUUUCCGCGGCCCAGCGCACUGAAGACUCAUAUGAACGGACACAAUAAACUACGACCGUUUCCGUGCGGGUAUCCCAACUGUGAUAGGACAUUCAGCGUGCGCUCGAAUGCCCGGAGGCAUUUCAAAACACACGAGAAAGCCGCCGCGCCCGAGGCCGUCGAGGACGCGGCGACCCCUUCAUCGGACACGCCGUCGACAUCACAUGCCCAUCCGUCAUCUGGGUUGACUUUGACCGCUCUAUCUUCUGCCUCCGCAGCACAGCCGCAUCCACACCCACACCCAUAUUCGUAUGGCCCGGAAUUGCACCCGGCGCCGCCCAGUCCCUCAUCAUCAUCAAACAGACCCCCGUUCCGCGUCAGAUGGGUCCCCCCUCCCGAUGAUUCUGGCGACUCAGCUCUGCACAGUCACGCUCAUCACCAGAUGUCCGACUCCGAGUCGGAUAUCUACCACGAAAUGGGCUACUCGCCUGAUCGAUUAUAGCCUCCGGGUUCUGUGAUUUUUUCUGUUGUUGGGUCAUAUACUCUUGCUCUUGCAUCACGUUUUUUGCAUUAGAUCACUCUUCGUUU